AUGUAUUUCCUCGUAAACUCACCAACAUCAGAUCAACUCCAAAACAAUACUGUUCCAUCAUCACCUUCUCUUGCAAGUCUUAAACUUUCAUCAUCACAUGGUGGUAGUCUUCCAGCAAGUCUUAGCAAUGGUAAUUUAGCCGGAACCCCACCAACAAUUGACUAUAAUACCUCGAGAUUCUUUGAAUUUGUUGAACAAAACAAGAGUUUAAUCAACGAUCUCAUAAGACAAGACAGUAAUUUAUUAACAGGUUCACUUUCUGUUUUAGCCAAAGUUCCAAAAUUCUUAGAUUUCGAUAACAAGAGAACCUAUUUUAGAGCAUACUUUAAUAGUAAAAAAGAAAGAGUUGGCACUAUUCGUCUUAAAGUACGUAGAAAUCACAUCUUUGAAGAUUCAUACAAUCAACUUAGAAUGCGUUCUCCAGAAGAACUCAAGGGUAAAUUAAAUAUUCAAUUCUCUGGAGAAGAAGGUCUUGAUGCUGGUGGUUUACUUCGUGAAUGGUAUUUAGUAUUAUCGAGAGAGAUGUUCAAUCCAAACUAUGCUCUCUUCAAAACAUCUGCCUCCGAUAAUGUAACUUUCCAACCAAAUCCAGAAUCAUAUAUUAAUCCAGAUCAUUUAUCAUAUUUCAAAUUUAUUGGUAGAAUUAUUGGUAAAGCUUUGUACGAUGGAAUGAUGUUAGAUGCUUUCUUCACAAGAAGUUUCUAUAAGCACAUGCUUGGUCUCACAAUUAAUGUUAAUGAUAUGGAAGCCAUCGAUCCAACCUAUCACAAAAAUCUUUUAUGGAUUCUCGAUAACGAUAUUACCAAUGUAUUAGAUCUUACAUUCUCCACAGAGAUUGAUAUCUUUGACUCUACCAAAGUUAUAGAAUUAAAACCUGGUGGUGCUAAUAUUCCAGUAACUGAAGAUAACAAGUUAGAAUAUGUUCGUUUAGUUGCUUCUGUUAGAAUGACAAACUCUAUCAAAGAUCAAAUCAAUAGUUUCCUUGAAGGUUUCCACGAACUAAUUCCAAAAUCACUUAUUGGUAUUUUCACUGAAAUGGAAUUAGAAUUAUUAAUUAGUGGUCUCCCAGAAAUCGAUAUCGAUGAUCUUAGAGCAAACACCGAAUACAAUGGUUAUACUGCCGAUAGUCCACAAAUUAUUUGGUUCUGGAACACAGUCUCCAAUUUUUCAAACGAAGAAAAAGCUUCACUUUUACAAUUUGUCACUGGUACUAGUAAAGUUCCUUUGGACGGUUUUAAAUCUCUUGGUGGUAUGGGAGGUUUACAAAAAUUCCAAAUUCAUAGACUUCGUGGUAGUCCAACCAGACUCCCAACUGCUCAUACAUGUUUCAAUCAAAUAGAUAUUCCAGAAUAUGAAUCUCAAGACCAAUUAAAAAAAUUCUUAAAGUUAGCUAUUACCGAAAGUAAUGAAGGUUUUGGUUUCAUAUAA